CAGCUAAUAACACACACACCCAAGCAAUGUCUAUCACUUCUCAAAUCUCUACGCGUGUAUCCCCAUUUCUCUCUCCUAUAUAUAACCGACCCCCUUCUGCUCUUUCUUUCUCUCCUUUCAUUUCCGGCAUCUUCUAAAGCAAAGAACUUUCCCCACACUUUUAUCGCCAUUUCAAGAAUCCUUUUAAGAUAACCCAAGCUACAAAACGUAAAAAGAUCACAGCUUUUUCUUUUUCUUUUCUAUUUGGGUUUUCUGGGGUUCAAAGAUCUUAACUUUUUCUGUUUUUGUUUCUGGAAUUAAAGAUUAGUCCAUUUGUGAUACUGGUAUUAAAGAUUUAAACUUUUAAAAAAAUCUUUUUUUAUUAUUUUGGAUUAAUUUGCUUUCGUGAAUUGGUUGGUGUAAUAAUAAGGAGAGUGAGAUUUGUGGGUUAAGGGGGAUGAGGAUGAAGGGUGAAAUAGUUGGGUACAAGAGGGAAGUGGAAGAGGAGGAAGAAAUUAACACAGAGGAAAAUCAAACAGAAAUGGUAGGUGGUGGGUUAGUACAGUCUAAGAAAACUGUAGUGGUGGGUUAUGCUCUUACCUCCAAGAAAACUAAGAGCUUUUUGCAGCCUAAGCUUGAAUGUCUUGCUAGGGCUAAGGGAAUAUUAUUUGUUGCUAUUGAUCAGAGCAAACCCCUGUCAGAUCAAGGCCCUUUUGACAUUGUGCUCCAUAAGUUGUCAGGAAGCAAGUGGCGGCGCAUUCUUGAGGAAUAUAGGCUAACACAUCCAGAUGUCACAGUCCUCGACCCUCCAGAUGCCAUACAGCAUGUAUACAAUCGCCAAUACAUGCUUGAAGAUGUUGCAGACCUGAACUUGUCGGACAGCUACGGGAAAGUUGGUGUUCCAAGGCAACUGGUUAUUGAGAAAGAUUCUUCAUCUAUUUCAGAUGCAGUGAGUAAAGCUGGUCUGAGACUUCCUCUUGUUGCAAAGCCUUUGGCUGCUAAGUCCCAUGAGUUGUCGCUAGCCUAUGAUAAGUUCUCUCUUCAGAUGCUUGAACCCCCACUUGUCCUACAGGAAUUUAUCAACCAUGGAGGAAUUCUGUUUAAGGUAUACAUUGUCGGGGAAGCAAUUAAGGUUGUUAGACGAUUCAGUUUACCUGAUGUUAGCAAACGUGAGCUGUCAAAAAACCCUGGGAUUUUUCGAUUCCCAAGGGUUUCUUGUGCUGCUGCAUCUGCUGAUGAAGCAGAUUUAGACCCUUGUGUUGGGGAGCUUCCUCCACGACCAUUACUUGAGAGGCUUGCUAAGGAACUUCGGCGCAGACUGGGUCUCCGGCUCUUCAACCUGGAUAUAAUUAGGGAGCUUGGGACCAAAGACCGAUUUUACGUCAUAGAUAUUAAUUACUUUCCUGGUUAUGGGAAAAUGCCAGAAUAUGAACACAUAUUUACUGAUUUUCUCCUGAGCCUGGUGAAGCAGAAAUAAUGAGGAAUUGAGAAAUCCAUUUCUUGCUUAACUAUAAUUUCCGGGGAAAAUAUCAUAAGGAAUUCUAUCCACCCGCCAGUACGUGGAGAGGGAUAGAACUGAUUACUGUGCAAUUCCUAAAAGCUGGUAGGAGAUGCGGUGGUGAAGUGCAGAGAAGCUCCAUUAGCAAGAAUGCUGGAUGAAGGUUGCUCUUUGGAAACUCGCCCGUUGUACACAAAUCCAAUUUCUGACCUUGGGGAUCCAGCUUAGUUUCCGCUAUCUUUUUUGCUUCUUCUUUUGGGGGGCAUAAAGCAGUUCUAUUUUCUUUUGGUUGGGGUGGAAUUUUGUAGGGAUAGCCCUGCUGUGUCUGCAUUCUCGGAUGGGUGUUUACAAGCUGUGCCACCUUGUAAAAAUGCCUUUUACAGUAGGAACAUACAUGUACAUUCUUGACUUUUCUGUUCUACUCCAACUCUUGGAGAAGUUUGGUCUUU